AUGGCGGUGCAUCAGCAGCGGGACACGACGUGUUCCGGGCAUGCUUCGCCAGCGUCGUCCUUGGAAUCCUUUGGCGUUGAGCGUCACAUGGCUGCCAUCAAGAUCGCCCGCGAGCGCCAAGGCAAGCAGCACCGCUACGCGGGCUAUAGCGACAAGGACCUCCUCGCCGAUCUCGAAAAAAAACUCAAGCAAGCCCGCAGUCGCCUGGCCAAUCUUCAAGAGCCCCUCAAGAGCGUCACGGGCCGGGCGGACCAAGUCGAAGACAUGGUGGACGCCCUCUCCUUCACCAAAUGGCUGGUGGAGCAACACCUCAUUGCCCAAGCCAAAACUGACACGGAUUCACAAGCCGCCGAUGUUGCUGAUCCUGCCUUCACGCACCACCCCAAGGACUUCACCAAGAUCCCUGCCACCGCCAACGCCGCUUCCCCAGCGUCACAGUCCACGGCCGUGCCUCGCGGUGGCCCUGCCAUGGGGGCCCCACUCAUGACCUGGGCCACUGGACCCAACGGCGUGCCCGUCAUGAUGCCCGUCUCCAUGUCCAUGUCCAUGAUGGGCCCAUAUGCCGCGCAGUACGGUGCCACACCCAUGAUGUGGCCCAGUACCACCUCAGCAGCAGCCAACCCCACUUCCAUGCCCGCCAUGUCCGUGUCCACCGUGCCCACCAUGCCAGCCAUGCCAGCCAUGUCCAUGUCCAGCAUGCUCGCUGCUUGGCAGCAACAGCAGCAGCAACAACAACAACAGCAGCAGCAGCAGCAGCAGCGAUUCUUGUUCCAGCAACAACAGCUGCAGACCCACUUUUCGCAGCCGGCGCAACACUAA